UCAGAGUAGUAGCUGUGAAAUGCAGGGCUACCAGGACUUUCGGUUACUGCUCAGUAACGAUGUAGAGGUGUGGUUUGAAAGUGGUAUGAAUCACUGUCGUUUGUUGACUUCUACGUGGAGGAAACAUUCUUAAGAUUUUUUAUUCUAGCUCAAAACUUUCUUUUUGGACAAAUUGCUUUCAAAAAAUAAAUAAGAAAUUACUCAAGGCUUCUCUGGAAGUCCCUUGGAUAAUAUAGAAAUGAACUUUUGGUUUUUGCUUCCAGCAGUACUUUCCUUAAUAUCAUUCUUCGGAACAUGGACAGUGUAUGGACUAGCUCUGACAAAUCGCCAUGUGUGCCCGCUUGACAACUGGCAAUACACAAAUUCCUGUUCUCUGAACAGCACAGAGAGAUGCUGCAUGAUACAACAUAUUCCAUUCAUAAGCACCUGUGGAAUGAAUGCUCCUGAAAAUGCCUUGUUCAGCGCAACUUUAAACUGUGGGGCAAUUUUAUUCCUUGUGUUCUGCAUCUUUCAACACGCUCACAUAAUCAAGAAGAACAAUGACAACGUCACGCUCAGCAGAAUUGGACUGGCAGUCGGAUGUCUGUCUUCGUUUGGAGCCUUUAUUACUGGAAACUGCAAUCCAGGGACCCUCAUGGUACUUCAUUAUGUGGGUGCUGCAUUGUGCUUUGUGAGUACCUGUCUUUAUACUCUAAUCAUGAGUAUUCUGACAUACCGGUGCUUUGUAACAGGGCUGGAGUAUAUUCUUGCUCCGAUAAGGACUAUAUCGACCACCAUUCAAAUUACAGCCACCAUCUUCUAUAUUGUUUUUUUCCCACAGGAAACCUACAACUACCAGCAUAUUUCUGCCAUUUUUGAAUGGGUUUUGGCCACAAAUGUUCAACUGUUUGAACUGAGCUUUGUGGUUGAAUUUUAUUAUUUUUCUACUACAAUGUUGUCUGUGCUAAUGACUAAAGAUGAGGAGGAAACAUCAUUGAUAAUGUCUUGAUGUGGCAGGAGAUUAGCUAGUUAAUAAAUUAAUUAUUAUGUAGUGUAAGCAAAUCUAAACUUGAUUGUGGAUGGUGUGGAUGAUAGAAUUUCUUGUUUGGCAAAUGCUGUUUCUAUUGUCUUGUUUUCACUAUUUAAUAUUUUACUUUUAAUAUUUUUCCGAUACCAGAAGUUAUUUAACUUUGCUUUGGGCAUUUGCAUGUUGCUUUUUAAAUUUGAUCAACAUUAAAAAAAUAUAGAACAUAAAACAAAUAAAAGUAUCAAAGAACCACCUCAAAAUAUGUACAUAAGCACUGCCAGGACUAUAUGGGUAGCCAUGGAACAAAAAAACAUAAGGCAGUGGUAAAUCAAUAGUGUCCCAAGCAUCUAAUUCCUUCAAUAAAACAUUUAUAUUCCACAAAUACAGUGGAUGAAAAUAUUAACCACAUUCACACAGACAACAAGAUUAAUAACAACAGCAAAUGCAAGCCAAGGAAUCAUAAAUAAGAAUGGUCUUCUACCUUUUAACUACUCAUGUGGAGCAUGUUUUAUGAAAACGCUCUGACCUGAUUCAGUGGAAACGUUUUCAGCAUAAUAUAAUAUUGACUUGAAGAAAUUUAAAAAUAUCGUAUUUAGGAAGACUAGAUUGUGAAUUUGUCUUUUUUUAUAUGCAUUCUGCGGGUCAGAAAUAUUGUUGCAUUUCAGCUACUUGGUAGUGGCCUGUGUUUUCAGGGUGUCACAGUUGGGGCUGGCUGCUAAAGACCCUAACCCUAAAAUGUCACACCUAAUUUCCCCUUUUAAAGGAUUUUUGCUUGAUAGGUCUGGGCCUAACUGCCAGUGGAAACACUAAUUAGUAACAACAAUGAAUGCACACACUUUGGCAGGGCUCCACUGCACUGUGGAUUUCAGGGUGUGCUUCACUGCUCCAUACAGAUUCUAUGAUACUGUUCUAGGCUGUUGAACUAUUACAGUGGUCAAGAGCCAGAGUGGGGCAGAUAUCUGUUCAGUCAUAGUACUCACUUUUAGUGCUUUUCUUUUCAUUGGUAUGUCUGAUUCCGAUUAUAUAUAGUUCUUACUUCUUGGUAAUCGCAAAGUUGUGUACUGAAAGAGUAAAACCCAGGGCUUUAUUCAGACUGUUCUCUUGUGUAUUGGCUGUGUGCCACAGCAGGUGUCACGAAGUUGUCAUUUCUGCAGUGCAGGGCAUGAAAGUCAUAUCCUUGACAUCAGCAGAAAUCGUGAAGAACAGUCAAGAUUGCAUUCAGACAACAGGCUACUUUUUUUGUACCAUCUUCUUAUAAAUAGUUAUGAAUGUGUGUGAGUGACUAAAAUGUUAUUUAAUGUAUUAUUAAAAUAUCAUGAAAUAUUAUAUUUCUAGAUUUCUAAAAAAAAAAAUAUAUAUAUAUAUAUACUGUGUUUGUGUGGAUUUCCAAAUGAAUGAAGACCCCAGUGGUAAAAUGAGAUCAAAUAAAAUAAUGUAUUAAUUCUCUGUGGUAACACAAUAAACUGAUGGCUGCCUGAUUUGCAUCAAAUUGAAUAGGGAGGGGAAAAUAUCUAAAAUUAAAAUAAAUGUACAUUCUCUAGUUAUACACUUUAAACACUUAUCUCAAUGUCAUAAUAAACUAACAGUCUAUCAUAUCUAUUGUGCUUCCUGUUUCCUGUCAGCCGCUGCUAUUCAUGUACAGUAGACAUAGCAAUUUAAACAGGAUCUGGCCUUGCAGGGUGUGACUCCUUUCUGUUGCUUAGCUGGGAGAAUCCCAACCUGUGGUCUGAGAAAAUUCCCCAAAUUACACAACAAAUACCCACUCACACCCACAGGCCAUCAAUCCACUAAAACAAACUCUCUGCCUUAACCAAACUAAUUUCUAUUAAUCUAAUACAAAUAUUAUGAAAUAUUUCUCAUGCUAUAAUUAACCAAUCACUGCUAAAAUGUAACCACAUUCUAGAAUUAGCAAGACAUCAGUAUUUACAAUACUGCUGUGCUGCGUUUUAAAUUUCUAGACUAUAUACCAGUGUGUUAUUGGUACAGUGCUGGAAGGGAUGGUUUACAGCCAUUGUUUUAAAUGUCUGCCUUCAGUAGCAUACUGAAAACAUGUAUUAUAGUAUCGAAAAAAAAAGGAGUGAAAUGUAAGUGGUCUUUACUGUUUUCAGAAACCUGUACUGUAUAUUUCUUUUCGUUCUGUGUCACUCGGUCUAUGGUUGCUUGUCAAUCCACUACUGUAUAUAAAAUGAUUGAAUAGCCUUGUUUGAGAACAUUUUAUUUUUUUGUAUUAGUUCAGUAUUGUAAUUAAUAGCUUGCUUAAAUACCAAAGCCAGGGAUUAAGUACACAAACAGAGUUCAGCUGUCAGAAAUUGAGGGUGGACAUUUAAACUGGAAAGGUGCAGAUGCCCUCUUCUUGGGUAAAACUAUCAAGUUGACAAAUGUUUUGGCUGAAUUACAUUUCAAAUAUAUUUUAAGACAUUAGUUUGUCUACUUACUCUUUACCUCAGAAUUAUAAUUGAGUGUUUGAAGUAACAUUAAGGAUCGAGGUGUAAGUACAACCAAGCUCCAAAAUAAAGGGCAGAUGUCAAUAAAAUGUUUUUAAAAUAUAAUGGUGGACUGCAACUGAUCUGUAAGCUUAAAAGCUUGUUAGCUGAAUCCUGACUUAUUUGUGAUAUGGUUCCAGAGCUGGAACAGCAUUAAUGAUAGUGAAAUGGCAAGAGUGACUCCCAAUGGCUUGGGAAACUUAAAGAGUAAGAAGCAGGGUUCUGAAAAAUAUAACUUUAUAUAUCCCCACGUGUUGCUACAACCGUUUAAAUAACGUACCUGUCAUU